UGCACCUUUCAGACUUGUAUCCGCUGCCGUUGAGAAAGGUUCGUUCGUGUUUGCGCUGCGUGGCCGUGUGUGUGACUAAAGCAGAGCAGUGAACAAAAAAAGCAAAAAAUCAGAAAAAAUAGUGUCAGCAUAGCAAAGCAGAUUUUUCCUCAACAAAUACGCACACACACACAAGCAAUAAAAAGCAAUAGAAAUUGAAAUUUAUGCUCAGUAAUGGCAAAUCGCAUGCAAAAGUGUUGAAAAUCAGUGCUGGAAAAUAUCUAUUAAGUGAAAAGCUGCAAACGCAGCAGCAAAAAUUAUUUGCGCUGCAGCGCAAUGUUGCCCUAAUUCGAGCAGAAGUCGCAGCUGAAAAAAUUUUCAUGCAGCAGCAAAAGCGUGUGAAAAGCCAGCGCUCAGCAGUUGCUGGAGAAAAUCAACGAAAUUUUUUUAAGUCAAGCUGCCUGCGGUGCUACAGGAAAAUGAGCGUAUAGUACACUAACAACAAUAAAGAAACGUUAAUAAAACAGUGUGUGCGUCGCAAUAACAGUGAAAUAGUUUCAAAAAUAAAAAAAGAAAUAAUUGUGACUAUUGCAAGCGUUUACAAGCAAAGCUGAGAAACUUCGUUUGAAUUCUGCAGCAAAAUUUGUAACAACAACAAAGCGUUCUGUGUAAAGUUACGCACAAUUAAAACGCAGUGUGUAUAAGAAUCGCAACAAAAUUAAAAAAAAAAUAAAAAUAAAAAAAAUAAUACCAAUUUAUAGCAAUACAAAUAGCAAAGCAAAAUGUUUACAAAAAUAUUCUCAAAUAUUUAUCCACGCGUAUAAAGUACUACAACUCGCGCUUGUCGUUUAAAUAAAUUCUAAACAACAUAAAACAUAUAUAUACUACUUCUACUACUACUCAUACCUACUACGAAUAUAUAUAUAUAUAUAUAGUAUAUGUAUGUAUGUAUUUACAAUAUAACCAAAUUAACUUAAUGUGCUAAGAAAUCGUUGCGUGUUCAUUAGCUAACCGUAAAAUAUCAACAAAUAUCAGCGUAUAUCAGCAAAUUUCGGCUAUUAACGCGCAACUAAGCGUUUAUUUGUGUUUGCAAGUGACUUUGGGAUUCGCAUUCUUCAGCUGCCGCGAUCGCAAUUAGUUAAAGUUUGCUUUGCGAUGAUAUAAGUGCAUGUUUUGAAUACUUUUGCGCAGUCGCGCAAGCUGCAAAACAAAGAACCGCUACUGCUGAAACAUGCAAAAUUUCAUAGUGUGAAUGUUGGCAACGCUGGCGUGCCUCGGUGGUUUUGCCUGUAUUAGGACUAGAUAAUGUCGAAAAAAAUGUUAACCUGACUAAUUAUCAGUAAUCACAAGCCCUAGAGUGAUUAAUCAAUCCAUAAAUAAUACAAAUGGUUUAUUGGUGUCCGAACUGUCAUGAUGCAUCGGUGCUGCCGCCACCCUCCACGCAGGGGAUGUCGGGGUGUGACCAAAGCACUGUCGAAUCAUUGGCCGAAGAUCCAACAGAUUCACCAUUCGCUGCCGAUGAGUGUCUCAAAGUACGCAAGUACUGGUGUUUUUUGCUCUCCAGCAUAUUUACCUUCCUUGCUGGGCUAUUUAUUGUGCUACUAUGGCGCGCGUUUGCGUUCAUUUGCUGCCGCAAGGAGCCCGAUUUGGGACCCAACGAUCCCAAACAGAAGGAGCAGAAGGCGUCACGCAACAAACAAGAGUUCGAGGGUACCUUUAUGACCGAAGCCAAAGACUGGGCUGGCGAGCUUAUAUCGGGACAAACGACAACUGGUAGAAUUUUGGUCGUGCUUGUAUUUAUACUCAGCAUUGCAUCACUCAUUAUUUACUUCGUGGAUGCAUCUAGCGAAGAAGUCGAAAGAUGUCAAAAAUGGAGUAAUAACAUUACUCAACAAAUCGAUCUCGCAUUCAAUAUAUUUUUUAUGGUUUACUUUUUUAUACGAUUCAUAGCGGCGUCCGAUAAACUUUGGUUUAUGUUAGAAAUGUACAGUUUUGUAGAUUAUUUUACAAUACCCCCGUCCUUUGUAUCAAUAUAUUUAGAUCGGACAUGGAUCGGUCUCCGAUUUCUUCGAGCGUUACGCCUCAUGACUGUACCGGAUAUUUUACAAUAUUUAAACGUUCUAAAAACAUCGAGCUCGAUACGCUUGGCUCAACUAGUAUCAAUUUUUAUAUCUGUAUGGUUAACAGCAGCGGGCAUAAUACAUCUGCUGGAGAACUCUGGCGAUCCGCUGGAUUUUAAUAAUGCUCAUCGAUUAUCCUAUUGGACCUGUGUCUAUUUCCUAAUUGUGACCAUGUCAACGGUAGGAUAUGGUGACGUUUACUGUGAGACUGUAUUGGGAAGAACCUUCCUUGUGUUCUUUCUACUCGUCGGCUUGGCAAUGUUUGCCAGCAGUAUACCGGAAAUAAUAGAGCUCGUUGGUAGUGGCAAUAAAUAUGGCGGUGAACUGAAAAGAGAACACGGAAAGAGACAUAUUGUCGUUUGCGGACAUAUAACGUACGAGUCGGUGUCGCAUUUCUUAAAGGAUUUCCUGCACGAAGAUCGAGAAGAUGUGGACGUGGAGGUGGUAUUUUUACAUCGCAAGGAGCCUGAUCUGGAGCUAGAAGGUCUGCUGAAGCGUCACUAUACGACGGUGGCGUUUUUUCAGGGCACCAUGAUGAAUGCCGUCGAUUUGGAGCGAGUCAAGGUACACGAAGCUGAUGCCUGCUUGGUACUGGCCAAUAAAUAUUGCCAAGAUCCCGAUGCUGAAGAUGCUGCCAAUAUUAUGCGAGUCAUCUCGAUUAAAAACUACAGCGAAGACAUACGAGUGAUUAUACAACUUAUGCAAUAUCAUAAUAAGGCUUAUUUACUCAACAUACCCUCAUGGGAUUGGAAACAGGGUGAUGAUGUCAUCUGUCUGGCCGAACUUAAACUUGGCUUCAUUGCACAGAGUUGCCUGGCGCCGGGCUUCUCAACAAUGAUGGCGAAUUUAUUCGCGAUGCGAUCGUUUAAAACUUCACCAGACAUGCAGUCCUGGACCAAUGACUAUCUGCGCGGCACGGGCAUGGAAAUGUACACUGAAACAUUGAGUCCCACAUUUAUUGGAAUACCAUUUGCUCAGGCCACUGAACUGUGCUUCUCGAAGCUGAAACUAUUGCUAGUCGCUAUCGAAAUCAAAGGUGCCGAAGAGGGCGCGGAUAGCAAAAUAUCGAUAAAUCCGCGUAAUGCCAAAAUACAGGCGAAUACACAAGGCUUCUUUAUAGCACAGAGUGCCGAUGAAGUGAAACGCGCCUGGUUCUACUGCAAGGCCUGCCAUGAGGACAUCAAAGACGAAACAUUGAUCAAGAAGUGUAAAUGCAAAAACUUGGCCACAUUCAGGAAAGGCGUUCGCGCCGUCCAAAUGGUGGGACGUGCAAAAGACGAUGAGUACUCGCUCUACUCAAAUGAUUUCCAUCCAGCACCCACAUUUACGCCGCCCGAGUUGCCCAAGCGGGUGCAUGUGCGCGGAUCAGUAACGGGUGACAUGACACGCGAUAGAGAGGAUGUGAACCUCAUAAAUCGCAAUGGUCGCCGCACGAACGGCACCGGCAACGGUAGUACAGGGCUGCAUAUGAAUUCAAUAGCUGCGAAACAAGUUAACAAGGUGAAACCGACAAUUAACCGACAGCAGGUUGAGGGUCAGGUGAUAUCACCAUCACAAUACAACAGGCCGCCAGAAAACGAUGCUAACCCAUAUGCGGGCUAUCAACUCGCUUACGAAGUUAAAAAGCUCAUGCCAACAAGUCGCAGCUCCGGCACAGGCACACAAAAUCAAAAUGGCGGCGUCUCACUACCGGCCGGUAUUGCGGACGAUCAAUCGAAGGAUUUCGAUUUUGAAAAGACCGAAAUGAAAUACGAUUCGACGGGCAUGUUCCACUGGAGUCCGGCUAAGAAUUUAGAAGACUGCAUAUUGGAUCGCAAUCAAGCGGCAAUGACUGUUCUAAAUGGUCACGUUGUCGUAUGCCUUUUUGCCGAUCCAGAUUCGCCGCUAAUCGGACUGCGCAACUUGGUGAUGCCAUUGCGCGCCUCAAACUUUCACUAUCACGAACUGAAGCAUGUGGUGAUAGUCGGUUCGGUGGACUAUAUACGACGCGAAUGGAAGAUGUUGCAGAAUUUGCCAAAGAUAUCGGUGUUGAACGGUUCGCCGCUGAGUCGUGCCGAUUUGCGUGCCGUGAACGUGAAUCUGUGCGAUAUGUGUUGUAUUCUGUCGGCGAAAGUUCCUAGCAACGACGAUCCGACGCUGGCCGAUAAGGAGGCCAUUCUAGCGUCGCUCAACAUCAAGGCAAUGACCUUUGACGAUACGAUCGGUGUACUGAGUCAACGUGGGCCCGAAUUCGAUAAUCUGAGCGCGACCGCUGGCAGCCCAAUUGUGCUGCAACGGCGCGGCUCCGUUUACGGCGCGAAUGUGCCCAUGAUAACAGAACUGGUCAACGAUAGUAACGUGCAGUUUCUCGAUCAAGACGAUGACGAUGAUCCGGAUACGGAGCUAUAUCUGACGCAGCCGUUCGCCUGCGGUACCGCCUUCGCCGUUAGUGUUCUCGACUCGCUGAUGUCGACGACGUACUUUAAUCAAAACGCUUUAACGUUAAUCCGCUCACUUAUCACCGGCGGCGCUACACCAGAGCUGGAACUCAUACUCGCCGAAGGUGCUGGUCUACGUGGCGGUUACAGCACUGUGGAUAGUCUUAGCAAUCGUGACAGAUGUCGUGUUGGCCAAAUAUCGCUGUAUGAUGGUCCCUUGGCCCAAUUCGGCGAAUGUGGUAAAUAUGGUGAUCUAUUUGUGGCGGCGCUCAAAUCGUACGGCAUGCUUUGCAUUGGCCUCUACCGAUUUCGGGAUACGAGUUCGAGUUGUGAUGCGAGUAGCAAACGUUAUGUUAUAACGAACCCACCCGAUGAUUUUUCACUACUGCCAACAGAUCAGGUUUUCGUAUUAAUGCAAUUCGAUCCGGGCUUAGAGUAUAAACCGGCCGCAGUACGUGCGCCACCUGGUGGUCGGGCUGCCAACACACAAGGCUCCGGGGUCGGUGGGGGUGGUUCAAACAAGGAUGAUAACUCUUGAUUGUUACUGUGUAGCGCCUUAACUGAUGGUCCUUACUCGUACAUUUGAACGAUGGAGCAAACGAUCGGGUACAAAAUAGCGCAUUUCUGGCAAUACAUAAUCGGCAAAAUAUGGCAAAAAAUACAAGCGGCAAUGCGAAAUGUAUCAAACAAAAAGAAUUAGCACAAAAAAAGCAAUAAACAACAAAAACAAUUGGUGUAAUGAACAAAAAAUUAAAAAAAUUAAUAUUAUUAAUGCCGCAGGUAAAACAAAAUCUAUAGGAAUUUGUCAAAAUUAUAUAUGUAAAGAAAUGCUUAUGCAAUACAUGGGUGACCUAGUAAAUGCGCCAUUUUGUACUUUUAUAUUUGCACAGACAUUCGCCAAUGCAAGCCUCAUUGAAUUAGAACACAUGCAUAUGUAUGCGUGUAUAUGAGGUGCGUUACAAAAACAAAAAAAUCAAUUUUCAAUUGGAAGCAAAUGUCUUUGCAAAUAUAAAAAUCAAACUCCAACUAAUAAAAUAUACAAAAACAAACUGAUAUUUGAAUCAGUAUGAGUAAAAUCCAUCGUUCAAAUGGUAAAAAGAUUGCUUCCCACACCAUUCCGCAAAGCCCUGAACUACUUAAUUAAUUUUCAAAAAUUUAUUAACCUUACUUUACUGUUUUCAUUUAGGAUAAAUGUAUGAUUGUAAGCAACUAAGUAAUCAUGUAUGAAGAAUUUUCUUGUAUUUUUUGUGUUUGGUAAUUUUUUUAUGUUAUUUAAUAAAUGUUUAUAAUUUAGCUUUAAUACGACUUCGGUUAAUUAUUUAUUGCACUUGCACCCUCUCUGAAAUUGAAAGACCUAGUCUUAUGCUUAGCUUAGCUUGGUACUUAUGUAAAUCAAAUGACUUGUAUAACGUAUAUUCAUAAAAAUCUUAAAUAUAUUUUUAUUAGUUUUCAUUUUCGUAAAAUUAAAUCUAUCGCUGUUUUAAAGUUUUUUAUGUAAUUAACUUUGUCAUAAUUUGCACUAGUUUUAUUAGAUUAUAGUAUGCGUGCAUAUGAACUCAUAUCUAUUAGUUUUAAACGCACACGGAGGAUAAUUUUCUAAACGUUUCUAUGAAAAGCAGUAAACCAAGUUUUUAACUGCUCAAUAGCUUAAAGGUUUAUUGCGAUACAACCACACAAUUAAGAAAAAUAUUAAAUAUAAUUUCUUUAAUCAAAUCAUGUGCUUAUAAUUUUGUUCAAAAAUCUCGCUAAAUGUAAUAAUAAUCAAAAAGACAUUGCCUUAGCAUCUCUUUAAUAUUUUAGUGAAGUCUCAAACCUCAUAUGGCAAUUAAAAUAAAAGCAGAGAAAAGCAAUGAAAUUUAUUUAAUAAUAAUAAAAAAACAUUGCCU